AUGGCUUCGGCUGCAGCAACUGCGAUUCCGACCAGGAAAUCCAGCGAGAUAAUCGGGAUUCCACCGAGCCAGAGAUUCACUACGGCAUCAUUGGAGCUGCUUUCUGUCAUUCCAGCACAGAUGAUAGCCACGACGACUAAAGCAACGGACGCUCUUAAGGAGUUCUACUUCUGUGGCCGGGUGAACGUGCUCGAAAGUAUCCAAACGAUCCUGAAUCUGACGAUGCUAGAGAACAAAAAUCAUCCGUGCCGUCGGACAAUGGUUAUUUUUCAAGGCAUUGGUGGAAUUGGAAAGACCCAGACAGCCCUUGAAUACAUUGACGUCAGUGCCAAUCGAAUCAUGGACGAAUUGAUAACUCAUUAUGCGAAGAAGUACCCCGGAGAAGAGAAGUUUGGUAGUAUUGCAGCAGACCUUCAGAUUCCGGGGCAAAUCGAUCGUCAGGGCCAGCUGAGAGGAAAUGCUGCCAAAUCUCCGUGGCAGUGUGUACGUAAAUGGCUCGCGAGGGAUGCGAAUAUCGGGUGGUGUCUUGUCGUCGACGGAAUCAACGACGAGGCAGACGGGGACCGUAUGCUGGAAUUGCUUCCCGCUUGCGAUCAUGGACACAUCAUUGCUACGUCUAGGGUACGUUUAUCCGACUUCAAGAUCAUUGAAAUCCCAGAGCUGGAGGAGCAGUUUUCUGUGAAGAUGCUUCUAGAUCGCCGGGUAGAUUCUCUUAAAGAUGGAGACGAAGCAAAACCCGCAGCAGAACAAGUUGCAGAAAUGAUCGGAUACCUUCCACUUGCCCUUUCCCAAGCAGCGGCCUACAUUAAGAAGAAAGCCCUCAGGCUAGUGCAAUACCUAGGCAGACUUCGCAACAACAUUGCUCGGCUCAUCGGCGAGAAAUUCUUGAAGUUCUCCGGCGGUGUUUUCUCGUGCUGGGAAUUAUCUAUCCAGGAACUCGUCAAAUCGUACGCUCACGCCUUUGACUUGCUUCGGCUCUGCUCGUUUUUAAGCCCAAAUGGAAUUUCGGAAGAAUUACUCUACCGCGGUCUCGAGGCCAUCGAGUGCGCUCAAAACGAACAGUUUCACCUAGAAACGCUAUAGACGGGCUAGUCACAUACUCCUUGAUGAAGAUAAAAGCCUAGCGGCACUUUAUAGAGAUGGCGCACGAUUGGUCACUUGCUUAGUAGGGUUGGAUAAAACGGCGACACGCGCGAGUCAUGCGAAUGGAUAUACGAACAGGAAAUCAGGGCCCAACUGGACCUGUGUUUCAAUAAAUAUGUUCAGAAAGACAUUGUCACGAAUGACGCUGUUGCGGCGGAUGACAAUCUUGCCUGGGCGAUUCGCCAGCUGGGGGUGCUUAAGGUUUGGCGGUCAGACAGACGAUUGUGUCGCAGCAGCCCUUCUCAAGCUUUCAAUCAGCUUGUAUACAAAGAAUAAGGAGAAGGAGAAGCUGCCCAACGUUGAUGGCCACCCUGACAUUGAACUCAGGUUGCUGUAUGCCAUGCCAUGCGUAGCUUGGCGAAGCUGUUGGUCCUGCACGAUGGACUUGGUAGGAGCCCUGAAGAAAUCACCCGCUUGCUCGAUACCGUUGAGCGUGGGUACAACAAAUUCCGCUAGAUGCUGAGCUUCUGAAAAUCCAAAACCUGAAGGCAUCGCAUCUCCGGAACCUGGACGACUUCGACGGGGCGCUGACGCUGUAUCAAACAUGCAUGGAGAACUGCGCCAGGGUUAACUUAUUGAAUAUUAGCAGCUAUGAGUCUGUCUGACCGCAUUAUUGUUUCUGAACAGUUCCCUUCAGACCCUUAUUUCGAAGGUAGUCAGAUUGUGUUGAUGUGGUUAGUUUUUAU